UUACGCAAUACCCAGCACAUAGACCUACUGUACCACACGCAGCCCCAGCGGCGCAAGGGGCGGGGUGUCCGGCCUCGCCCCCCAGCAGCUUCCAUUGGCCACCCCUCGAGAGUGCUCGGCGUGGAUUGGGGUGUUGCUGCUGUCACUUGCAGCUGACUGACAGGCCGGCCGGCCAUGAGAGAGAGAGAGAGUGUGUGCGUGCGUAGUUCUGACCUACUAACAUACAUCCUUUCGUGUUGCCGCAUGCUCCCUCACUCACUUCGCCUUGCUCUGCUCCCGGGCAAGUGGGACGCUGUUGCUUGCCCGUCCUUACUUGCCUCUCCUCGGCCAGGUGCAGGGAAUGCUCCGCUUACUGCGCUGCACUGAAGGUUAUUUAGAAGAUUCUCAUCACCUCUGACAAGAAAAUUGGAUCUAGACACUUCUGUUUGAGAAUAUGAAACAAAAGGAAGAAUAUGUGUGGAUUUCAAAGUACUGCAUUAAGUUGUGGUAUGAGAAGUACUGGGGACAUAGUUUGCUCUGUUGCUCAUUGUAGAUCUAUUACAAAUUGUUUCUGAUGCAGCUGAGAAAAAUGCAGACCCUUAAAAAAGAACAUGGACCUGUUGACACAAGUAGCAAUGUGGACAAAAUCAUGGUACUUAAGUCUACUUUAGCAGAAGUGUCUGAAGAAUUGUCUACAAAUGAAGAGAUACUACUCACUGAAGCAAGUAGUGGAAAAAGCAAAUCUUCAGCUUGCCGGAGAAAGCGAGAAUUCAUUCCAGAUGAAAAGAAAGAUGCUAUGUAUUGGGAGAAAAGGCGGAAAAAUAAUGAAGCUGCUAAAAGAUCUCGUGAAAAACGACGACUGAAUGACCUUGUCUUAGAGAACAAACUAAUUGCACUGGGAGAAGAGAAUGCCACUUUGAAGGCAGAGCUGCUUUCUUUGAAGCUGAAGUUUGGUUUAAUUACUUCUGCAGCCUAUGCCCAAGAGAUACAGAAACUCAGUAGCUCAACAGCUGUGUAUUUCCAAGAUUAUCAAAGUUCCAAAUCAAAUAUUAAUUCAUUUGUGGAUGAACAUGAACCAUCUAUAGUUGGUAGCAGUUGUAUUUCUGUCAUUAAGCAUUCUCCUCAAAGCUCUAUGUCUGAUAUGUCUGAAAUAUCAUCAGUAGAGCAUACUCAGUCAAGUUGUAUGCAAAACAACUGCAGAAGUCCUGAAAAUAAGUUCCAGAUUAUAAAACAGGAGCCCAUGGAAUUAGAGAGAGAGCCAAGAGAUGACAGAAGUUCACAGAAAGCAUCCAUAUAUCCACACUACAUGGGAACUACCUUUAACAUGUACUCACAUUCUCCUCCUCUGUUCCGAGUCAAUAGGUCCUCCAGUAAUUCCCCCAGAACUUCAGAAACUGAUGACAGUGCAGUUGGAAAGUCAUCCGAUGGAGAAGAUGAACAGCAGGUUCCUAAGGGUCCAAUCCAUUCCCCAGUUGAACAUAAAAAUAUUCGUGCAACAGUUAAAGUUCCAGAAGUGAAUUCUUCAGCUUUGCCUCACAAGCUUCGAAUUAAAGCCAAAGCCAUGCAAGUUAAGGUGGAAGCAGUAGAUAAUGACUAUGAUGCUGCACAGAAACUAUCAUCACCUAUUGAUAUGUUAUCAAAAAGACCCGUUGAGCUUGAAAAACACACUGCACAAAACUUGGUGCAUUCUUCUCGCACUCCUUUCUCAGUUCAAGUGACUAAUAUCCAAGACUGGUCUCUCAAACCAGAACUCUGGCAUCACAAGGAACUCAAUGCACUGAUGAUUCACAGUCACAUUCUGGGUGGACCUUGGCACAGAAAUCAAUGGAGAAAGAUUGUUCUGUGGUUAACAGAGGCGACUUGGACUAAAUUCUGCAGAAAUUUGGCGUGACCUUGGGGAAGGUACAGGACAGUAUGCAGACUGCUCAGCAAGUUCUUGGAAUGAGUUGGUAAUAUUUUUUUGAUGCAGACUGUGAAGUAAGUAAGUAGUGAAAGAGCUAACCAAUUAGGUUGAGAAUGUGAGAGCACAACGUAAAGUGAAUUGGAGUGACCAUGAAAUGGCAGAGCUAAUAAUUUUUAAAUAGAGGAUAAAAGUAAAAUAAAAAUAGCAGUCUCAAAUAAACGUAGAGAUCAGGAAGACAAAGGAGUAAAAGGUUAAGAAGAACUGGCAAAGAAAUUAUACUAAGGACACAAAGUAGAAGAUGGGGAAUGUAGGAAGGGAACAAUUUGCUUAAUGAUGGGUUUCACUGACAAUAAACAUAAGCAAAGCAUACAGAAGUUGGAAAUGGUUCAGUUCUAUAAGUACAUAUAAAGAAAGUCAGGUAGAAAAGGAGCUAUAGAUAUCAACAGUAACAAGAAAUCAUCCUAUAAGCUCAUCAACAGCAUGAUACUGAGAAGGGAAUUGUUGCUCUACUACAGAACAGAAAGAAGCAGCUAAUGAUAGACAAUGCAGAGAAAGUUGAAGGGUUUAAUGCUUUUUUUGGAUUCAUAUUUUCUAAUAAAAGUUAAUGCAAGUAAGUGGCCAAGACAAUACCUGUGUAGGAUAGAAUAAGAAUAUUAAACGAACUGGAUGCUUUCAAAUCGACCAAAGAAUUUAAUCUUUGGACUCUUACAAAUUGUCCUGUAAGAUUUUUGCUUAAACAAUCAUCUAAAGCUAUCUCAGAUACUGGAGUAGUUAAGAACCCCUUGAGAACAGGGGUGAUGCUCUGGAAAAGAAGCAGCCUCUUUGCUUCUUUCAAAAAGGGGAGGGGGGAAAACCUGAAAAAUUAUGGAACAGUUUAAUUUUUUAAAAUUCUGGAUUAAAUAAUCAAAAUAUUUAUAAACACUUGAGAGUUAGCAAAGAAACACCUGCUAUAUAUCUUAACUACUAUAAGGCUUUUAUGUCUCACAUGAUGGAUGCUAGGGAAGUCUGAUCAAGAUGAAUUUACCAUAAUGGGGAUGCAAAAGUAGUAGUAAGAUGAUACCUUGUUGUACUGGUUUUGGCUGGGAUAGAGUUAAAUUUCUUCAUAGUAGCUGGUAUGGGGCUAUGUUUUGGAUUUGUGCUGAAAACAGUGUUGAUAACACUGUGGUGGGUUGACCCUGGCUGGACGCCAAGUGCCUACCAAAGCCAUUCUAUCACUCUCCCCUCCUCAGCUGGACAGGGGAGAGAAAAAAUAUAAUAAAGGGCUAAUGGGUCAAGAUAAGC